AGCUGCUUUCCACAUACACAGUGUAAUAAAACUGCAUUUCCCAGAAUCCCCUGACACGUGACGUCAGAGCAAAUGCGCAGUAGAAUAAUUGUGUGUUUAGCUUGUUUGUCUCUGGCUGCAGUCGAUUUGAAUAAUGUCGUGUCCUGUAAUGCAUUCAGUGGAGAUGAACUCAGCCAUCCUGCCUCUCGACUGGCUAAUGGGUACCUGGCAGUCUGAUGAACCAGGAGAGGGAUGCUUUCCCACCAUCAAACCCUUCCGCUACUCAGAGAUGCUUAAUUUCAGCCAUGUUGGACAGCCAGUCAUCAAUUUCAUGUUCAACGCCUUCCAUGCAGACUCCAAAAAGCCACUGCACAGAGAGUGUGGCUUCAUAAGAAUGCAGCCGGGGACCAACAAAGUGGCUUUUAUUGUGGCACAGAACUCAGGUCUGGUAGAGAUUGAAGAGGGUGAGCUGACAGGCCAGCAGCUGAACCUGCGUAGCCACUCUGUCGCUAGAAUCUCCUUCGCCAAGGAGCCGCAUGUACAGGAGAUUUCAAGAGUGUUUCAGCUCAAGUCAGACGGGAGACUAGAACAGAGGGUUUCCAUGGCAACAGACAACCAGCCACUGAUUGAACACUUGCACAUCACGUACGCCCGGGUGUCUUGAGGCAAAAUGGAAUGGCGGUCAGCUCAUUGACGCAUUACAAUAGACACCCAUGACUCUUGUUGCUAAAUAGGGAUCAGAUUACAACGGAAAAUUUCUUAAUUUUUACUCCUUCUGUCAUAAUAAUCUUUAAACUGCUCAGUGUGAUUGGAGAUGUAUGUGCAUGCUUACUGUAAAGCUCAGAAGCCACUGAUGAAUUUGUUAAAUUCCAUUUAAAUGUCUAAUGUAAAGCAGCGCUGUAAUUUUGUUGGUGUAUAUGUUCCAAUAAAGGUAUGUUUUUUAAAAUGA